AUGUCUACUACUCCUUUCCGCAUUGUCAUGGCCUGCGACGAGGCCGGUGUCCCAUACAAGGAUGCCAUCAAGGCCACUCUCGAGAAGAACCCUCUUGUCGCCGAGAUCAUUGAUGUCGGUGUCAACUCAUCCUCUGAUAAGACCGCCUAUCCUCACCCUGCCGUCGAGGGUGCCAAGCUCAUCAAGGAUGGCAAGGCUGAUCGUGGCCUCUUCAUUUGCGGCACUGGUCUGGGUGUUGCCAUCGCUGCGAACAAGGUGCCCGGCAUCCGGGCUGUGACUGCUCACGAUCCCUUCUCUGUUGAGCGCUCCAUCCUGAGCAACGAUGCUCAAGUCCUGUGCAUGGGUCAGCGUGUCAUCGGUGUCGAAUUGGCAAAGAAGCUCGCUACAGACUGGCUCAACUACCGCUUCGACCCCAAGUCGGCCUCUGCUGCCAAGGUCCAGGCUAUCACAGACUAUGAGAUCCAGUUCCGCACCGCUGCUUAG